GGCAUUCUAUGCGACGUGAGUCCAGAGCCCCAACACCAUGCUCGCCGUCGUCGUCGUGCUUCUUACGCUAGCGGAACCGCCAACACCGCCAAAUGGCCAUCAGUGCGACUAAUCCAACGGAUGUGUGACCGCUACAGCGCGUGCCACUUACUUACAUACCGUCGCCGCCGUCGUCAAACCUAGAUAACACACAACCACACUGCCAUUAUCUAAAAGUUCUAUGAAGCCAUGGGAAUAUUUAACGUCAUGCUGUGACCUUUGAUAUGGUCACCGCAAAAUGAAGACUUUGGCCGAUGCCAUAAUACUAUGCAUAAUGCUCAUCAAUAUUUCCGGAUGUUCAAUGAAUCCAGACGCAAAAAGGCUAUACGACGAUCUCUUGUCAAAUUACAACAAACUCGUGAGGCCCGUCAUCAAUAUUACUGAUCCGUUGUCUGUUAAGAUCAAGAUCAAACUAUCACAGCUCAUCGAUAUUAACCUGAAAAAUCAAAUUAUGACUACGAAUUUAUGGGUAGAACAGUACUGGUAUGAUUAUAAGUUGUCGUGGAAUCCUAAAGAAUAUGGAGGAGUGGAAGGUUUACAUGUACCAUCCGAACACGUUUGGAGACCGGAUAUAGUACUUUACAAUAAUGCGGAUGGAAAUUUUGAAGUGACUUUAGCUACUAAAGCCAUACUGCAUUACACGGGUCGAGUGGAAUGGAAACCUCCAGCUAUAUACAAGUCUUCCUGUGAAAUAGACGUCGAAUUUUUUCCUUUUGACGAGCAAACGUGCGUGUUGAAAUUCGGUUCUUGGACGUAUGACGGGUUUCAGGUCGACCUAAGACACGUGGACGAAGACAACAAAUCUCGUGUGGUGGACGUUGGUGUCGAUUUAUCCGAAUUUUAUGCUUCGGUCGAAUGGGAUAUUUUAGAAGUGCCUGCUAUAAGAAACGAAAAGUAUUAUACAUGCUGCGAAGAGCCGUACUUGGACAUCACUUUUAAUAUUACUAUGAGGAGAAAAACAUUAUUUUAUACAGUGAAUUUGAUCAUUCCUUGCAUGGGAAUAUCGUUUCUUACCAUACUCGUGUUCUACCUUCCGUCGGACAGUAAUGAAAAAGUUAGCUUAAGCAUAUCUAUUCUCCUAUCACUGACCGUGUUCUUCCUGUUGUUGGCCGAGAUCAUUCCACCUACGUCUCUGGUCGUUCCAUUGUUAGGCAAAUUUGUGUUAUUCACUAUGAUACUAGACACGCUCAGCAUAUGCGUGACCGUCGUGGUAUUAAACAUACAUUUUCGUUCUCCUACCACGCACGUCAUGUCGCCGUGGGUGAGAAGAGUGUUCAUUCAUAUACUUCCUAGGAUGUUGAUUAUGAGAAGACCCCAUUAUCAAAUGGAGAGAAAAAAUUUAAUGGGCGCUUGUCACCGAAUCUUGGUAAAAACGUGUCAAGGUCUCGAACUUCAAGAUCAAGACUCAGCCGACCAUUUGAUCCAGAUCAAUGAUUUGUUUUCAGCCAGGGAUUUGGAGAGUGGGAUAAUAGGAUGUUGUGAAAUACACGGUCCCAUAGUCCCUAUACCGAGUCCGAACGAUUCGCAACAGAACGUUCCACUUCCAAGGGGUAAAAAACAUUGGCACGAUUGUCCGGAACUGCAUAAAGCCGUCGAAGGAGCAGGGUUCAUAGCCGAUUACAUAAGGAAAGAAGAGGAAGAAAAGAAGAUCAAAGAGGACUGGAAGUAUGUCGCCAUGGUGCUGGACAGGUUGUUUCUGUGGAUAUUCACUUUGGCCGUGACCAUGGGGUCAGCAGGAAUAAUCCUACAAGCUCCAACGUUAUACGACAGUCGGUUGCCGAUCGACGUGGGAACUUAUACGCCGACGGUGAAUCAAAAUUACAAUAACAUUAUGUAAGUCAAAAAUUGCUCAAUUCGACCGACAAACAAACACUUACACUGAUCUGACGACGAGCAAGUUGCGGCGAGGCUAUUUUUACUGGUUUACUUUACAGUGUAUAAUAUUAUAUUGUACAUUCAGAUAUUUAGUAGGUAACGUUAGGGGCCAACAAUAUACCUACUGCAAGGGUUGUUGUUGAUCACGUGCUGUGACAAUUGUGUCAAUUUCGCUAUUCGAGAUACUAUUUUUAUGUAAUCUACAAAUUAUAUUACUAUGUAUGUUAAAUAUUUAGAUAAAUAUUUUUAGAUUGUUUUUCUUUAUAAAUCAAAUGCCUAUUUAUCUAGUUUACACCAACGAAAAAUGUCUAAUAUAGAAGAGAACGCAUCAAAUGUAAACAUAGCAAAUUAGUAAUAUAAUAUCUUUUUAUAGUUCGUAUGUUAUUUUAAAAAAGGUGAUGGUAAUAAUAACAAUAAUAAUCGAAUAACGUAGUUAUAUGUACAUAAUUAUAUUAUUUUAAUGAUGAUGAUGGUGAUGAUUAGUUGGAUUUAUGAAAAAUAAAAAUAUAUAUAUGUUGUUGU